AGGUAUUAUAUUGCGAUUAAUUUAUUAUUAUAUACAAACUAUUUCAUUGAUAUGGCAAUACGGAUUAAAAAAAAUGGAGUUGGACUGGCAAAAUGGUUUUCAGCAAAUAAAAGAGCGAGGACUUUAUUUACUGCAGUCGGAAAAGUGGUCUGAUUGUAAAUUUCUUGUUGGGGCUUCCCCAAAUCAACGCAUACUUUGUGGACACAAACUAAUAUUAGCCAUGUCUUCACCUGUUUUUGAACGAAUGUUCUAUGGUAACCUCCCCGAUGAGAGUGAUCCUAUUUUAAUACCUGAUGUACAGCCCGAUGCUUUUCAAGCAAUGUUGGAGUAUAUAUAUUCAGAUCGCAUUAGCAUAAGCUCCUUCGAUAAGGCCUGUGAGUUGUGUUACGUUGCAAAGAAGUAUAUGCUGCCUUAUGUAGUAGAGCAGUGCACGCAUUUUCUCUGGGCAGAUUUAAGUCCCAAAAAUGCUUGCCGUGCAUAUGAAUUUGCUAAAUUAUUUGACGAACCACGUUUAAUGCAGAGUAGUAUGAGUAUUAUAGCAGCCAAUACACGCGAUGUGCUAGCUGAUCCCAGUUUUGUUGAUAUAGAAAUAUCAACAUUAAUGGCUAUUCUUGAUCAAGACCGAUUGAAUGUUACGUCUGAGUUGGAACUUUUUAAUGCUUUAGUAAAAUAUGCUUCUGAGCGCGCACUUUUUGUUGAAAAUGAAGGAAUGCCGAUAGCGCCAUCCUCAUCGUUAGAUAAGGGAGCAUUGCAACACUCUUUUGAUUUAGAUAACGCAUCCGAAGUUGUAGAGAUUAAAAUGGAGCCAGACGAUACCAGUCUUGUUCAGAGUCGACAAGAAAACUCUGAUACGUCGCAUUUAGUGGAAGACGUGGUUGUUGUAGAAAAUGAUACUUCCACUACGUAUGAAGAAAAAAAUAGGCAUAAAAAUGCUGCACCGACAGACAUAAGUAUGAUUGGGUCAUUUUCUUGUUCAAAUAAUGAAAUUGAUGAAAGACUUAUACGCCAAGCGGUUCAGAAGAUACGUUUUCUUACACUCACACCUCAGCAAUUUGCUGAAGGUCCUGCGCGUUCAAAGCUUCUCAAGCAGAAUGAAGCUCUAGCAAUUCUUAUUAAAAUUUCAAGUCCAACUAUUAAUGAUUGUCCAAUGCCCGAAGGUUUCUGCAGCUCGAGAACAAGCCGGGAAUAUUAUGAAUCGCGAAGCCAACGAGAUUUACCAUCAUACCAUCGGCCCACCCCAUCAAGUGGUCCAGCAGUAUUUGCUCCAUUUGAAACUUUCACAGGGAAUACCGCAUCUAUUGUAACAACUACUCCUCAGGCAUCUUCGAAUAAUGUAAGUACUUUUCAAGGCUGUCAUGACUCUGAUUUAACUACAAACGACACUCGACGUUCAUACUGCGUUCGAACGCUAAAUCAGCAAUUUGACUAUAGAAAUACUAGUGUUACCGAUUGCGGACUAACAUUUCAAGUGGAUAGUAAUAUAUGGAUAACAGGGGUUCAAGUGCCAACUCAGGUCCUUUGUGGAGAGCUAAUGAAUUCGGCUGGUUUUUCCGAGAGAUAUACGGAAAUUCUUUAUGCACAUAUUCAAGAUAUCCAAGGAUCAAGACUUACGUACACACACUGUACGUCACGUGUUAGAUAUGAUUCAUUGCUAGAAAUAACGUUUGACCGGCCAGUUUAUGUAUAUCGAAAUUUAAUAUAUAAGGUGUAUGUAGUUUUCAACAAAGUUGGGUGGUAUCCAAUGUACACUUGCGUACCAGAUGUGGUCUGUAACAGGGUUAAAUUUAUGUUCAAUGUAGGCAAUCCAAGUGAAUCUGUUAGAGACGGAUUAAUUCGAGCAAUAGUUUUUUCUACACCUCAAGAACAGUCGAGAUGUCUUAUGGAAUAAAUUUUUUUUCGUUUUAUAUACGUGGCUUCAUUCGUAUAUUAAUUGAUAUAAAUUUAUAUGAUUUCGUUUUUAUUACAGUUGUUGCAUGCCUAUUUCGAUUCAAGUAAACAUAUAGACACCCUUUUAUUUAGUUCAACUUAAAGUAAAGAAUUUAUAACAAACAAGCAAAAUAUAUACAUUCAUAUAUGUACAGUAUUGGAAAAAAUUAAAGCACCCCCUACUUUGGUUUGUUUCGAGUAUUUACGCCGGCCAGUCUAAAACAUCAAUUCCGUUUUUUUUUGCAACUAAGUUUCACAAGGCCUAGAGGUAUGCUUAGGGUUAUUGUCCUGCUGAAACUUCCAUUUUAGUGGCAUUUCCUUUUCAGUAUACGCUAGCAUUACGUUUUUAUAAUGUCGGUGAAAACAAACUGGUCCACUAUUCCAUUUAUUCUAUGAAUAGGUCCAAUGCCGUGUCCAGAGAAUCAGCCCCAGACCAUAACAUUACCACCACUAUAUUUAAUGAUCGCAACACAAUGCUUAGGAUUGGAAGUCUCUGUCGAUUCGUCUGAGAAUAAAAUUGUAUUCCAUUUCUGAAUACUCAAAUCGAGAUGAGCUGUCGCAAAAUCGAGUCUUGUCUUUCUAUUUUUUGUUGAAAUAAAAGGCUUUCUAACUGGACGCCGACAGAACAACCCGGCCUCAACAGCUCGUCUUCUAAUUUUUCGUGCACUAACUGCUAAACAAAACUGUUUCUGUAUUUGAUUGGAAGAGACUGGAGGAUAAUUUGGAUUGGCCUUUUGAUCAAUGAAUCGUCUCUUGGUUUAGUUUUUCGUUGUCUUUUUCCGCUGUGCCGAGUACGUAUACUGCCAGUUUGCUUAAAAUUGCUUUAUUGAUUGCAACACCACUAAUCUAUUCUCCGAAUAUUUUUAAGUAAUUUUAUGUCGGGAUAAACCGUUUUGCAAAUCACUUGUUAUUUUAUUUUUAAAGUCGGAUGAAUAAGUAUUUCUCGCCAUAUUUUUUAUUCUGUUUUAUUUAGAGUUAAAUCGCAACUGAACAGUAACGCCGUCAUCAACCCCUUAAAAAAUGUCUCAAUAACGUUUGUAGUGGUUUAUGGUAGCGCGGUGAUGUUUUUUUUUAACAAAGAAUGGGGGUGCUUUCGUUUUGUCCACUCAAAUUUAUACUUUUAAGAAGUUUUUGUGUUUGAAAUUUUGUAACUCGGAAGAAUAGAUAACUAAUGUUAUAUUUUCUUAAAAAUAAAUGUAUACAUAAUUGUAACCCAUAAUAAUCCUCCUA